AUUAGUGAUACAAGAUGGCGCGCGUGGUGUACUUUUUUUGUGUUCUUUUCAUACUUUCCUUUCUUGCAGAUGCCAAGAAAAAAGUCACUAAAGAGGCGCAACUUGAGGUGAAAGUUAAGCAGCUGAUGGACUGGAGUAGCAGACGGCCUGUAAUACGAAUGAAUGGAGAUAAAUACAGACAAUAUGUGAAAGGAAUACCUAGAAAUUAUUCUAUUAUAUUGAUGUUGACAGCCUUAGCUCCACAAAGGCAGUGUGCAGUUUGUAGAGAAGCGAAUGCUGAAUAUCAAAUUCUUGCAAAUUCCUGGCAUUACUCACCAGGUUACUCAAAUCAACUGUUUUUUGCCAUGGUUGAUUUUGAUGAAGGAUCAGAUGUCUUUCAAGCGUUGAAGUUGAAUUCUGCCCCAGUGUUUAUGCACAUUCCUGCAAAAGGAAAGACAAAGCGUGGUGAUAAUUAUGAUAUCCAAAGAAUGGGCUUUUCAGCUGACAACCUGGGACGUUGGGUUGCUGAACGGACAGAUAUUCAUAUCCGCAUUCUCCGUCCUCCAAACUACAUGGGUGCACUUGCUUUAGGUGCUCUUGUUAUUAUCAUUGGUGGUCUACUCUAUGUAAAGAGAAAGAGUCUUGAAUUCCUUUAUAACAAAACAUACUGGGCUAUUGGUGCUUUGACCAUUGUUUUCUGUAUGUUGUCUGGUCAAAUGUGGAAUCAUAUUCGUGGUCCAGCGUAUGCCCAUAGGAACCCUGAGAAUGGUCAAGUAAACUAUAUCCAUGGAAGCAGUCAGUAUCAAUUCAUUGCAGAAACUCAUAUCAUUCUUGGUCUUUAUGCUGCCUAUACUGUUGGUCUCAUUCUCUUGAAUGAAAAAGCAAUUGAAGCUUCUGACGCUAAUAAAAAGAAAAUUUUCACAAUUGCUGGUUUGGCUUGUGUUGUGCUUUUCUUCAGUUUGCUUCUCUCGAUAUUCCGCUCCAAAUACCAUGGUUACCCCUACAGCUUUCUCAUCAAAUAGAAACCUGUUUGGAUCAUUAUUGUUUUAACUGUGGCAUUGUGUAGGUCUUAGAAAUAAAAGAUAGUACAUUCGAUCUUAUUUGUUAAGGUUAUAUAUGUUUUUGUAUAGGU